AUGAAGAAGCAAGCUGACGCUUCCACCGACGAUUCGCUCACUUCCUCGACAAUUGUUACCACUCAGCCUGCUAGCAGGGGUGAAAAUGCAGAGUCGUUUCAGAGAUCUUCUGCAAAGGGAGAUGAGGAGCAUCAAUACCUGGGACCACGGGCCUUGACACUUCUAGGUGGUUCCCUUCUGCUCGUCAUAUUACUCGUCACUCUCGAUGCCUCCAUUCUUGCGACUGCCAUUCCAAAGAUCACAGAUCACUUCCAUACCAUCGCCGACAUUGGCUGGUACCCUGCAGCAUACAUGAUAACAAACGCCUCUUUGCAGCCUCUCACCGGAAAAGUGUUCACAUACUUCUCGCUAAAGCGUGCCUUUCUUGUUUUUGUGGCCGUUUUCGAGUUGGGAUCCUUAAUCUGUGCCCUGGCCUCGUCUAGCACAAUGCUGGUCGUGGGGCGAGCAGUCGCUGGUAUGGGCGCAUCGGGUCUGAUGAAUGGGGUCCUCACCAUAAUCGCUGUUGCCGCGUCUCCUUCCAUCCGACCGACCAUUAUGGGCCUCCUCAUGUCUUUCGCUGGUGCUGGGCAACUCAUAGGGCCACUGAUCGGUGGUGCCCUGACCGAGCAUGCCUCGUGGCGUUGGUGCUUUUGGAUCAACCUUCCCAUCGGCGCAGUGACCAUAGUGGCGACAAUUUUCAUCCGUUUCCCGGCAUACAAGGCUCGCAAGGCAAACUGGACCUUCCGAGACGUAAUUCACGACUUUGACAUUACGGGAUUUAUUGUGUUUGCGCCAGCAUGCAUCAUGCUUCUCCUCGCUCUGGAGUGGGGUGGAACUACCUAUCCAUGGUCGUCCGCUACCAUCAUCGGACUACUCUGCGGGUCGGCAGGGGCAUUCAUAGGCUUCUUCAUUUGGGAAUACCGCCAGGGAGAGUCUGCCAUGAUUCCAAUAUCGCUAAUACGGAAACGAGUCAUCUACAGCAGUCUGAUCAACGCUGCAUUGCAGUUCGGGGGAAUACUACUCUACGUCUACUACCUCCCGCUAUGGUUCCAAGUGAUCAAAUCUGCCAGCCCAACCAUGAGCGCAGUCUACAUCCUCCCCACAUUUGGGUUGCAAAUAUUCAGUGCGAUACUUGCUGGCGCCAUAACGUCCCGGUUCGGCUAUCUUGCACCACUGGCUGCAGCUGGUUCCACUUUUGUUACUGUCUCAGCAGGGCUGACCAGCACGCUCACUACGCAUACUGACGCAGGGAAGUACAUUGGAUAUCAAAUCCUCAACGGCGUCGGACGAGGCAUGUCGAUGCAACAACCCGUCCAAGCGGUCCAAUCCAUUGUCUCACCCGCCAUGAUCCCCGUCGCCACCGCCACCGUGGCAUUCGCACAAACGUUCGGCGCCGCGCUGUUCCUCAGCCUUGGUCAAACCACUUUCCUCAACUUGCUCCGUCCGGCGCUACGCACUUAUGCACCCGAGGUGAAUGCACAGGACGUAAUCAACACCGGCGCGACGAACUACCUCGCCAAGCUCGCAGCUGGGGCGAACAACGCCGCCACGAGGAAUGGUGUGCUCCUGGCGUACAACGAAGCGAUUACGAGGACAUUCUACCUCGCUGUGGGUUGUGGAGCCGGUGCCUUCUUGACGAGCUUGGGACUGGGGAAGACAAAGGUUCCGACGAAGAAAGACAAGAAGAGCAAGGACGCUGAGAAGCGAAACGAGGACGAGGAGAAGGGCGAGGGUCCGAGCAACCAGGAGGAAACUGGGAAGAGGAGGGACGAAAUGGACGGCAUGCCAUGA